AUGGCGGACCUGCCGCGCGACGUGAUCGAGAAGAUCCUUGGUCAUCUCGUCAGAUCCGACGCGGAGAACGCGCACGUCAACCUCCGUGCCUUUGCGUCGACGUGCAAGUCGUGGCGCUCGGCGCUUCACGAGGACGCGCCCGCUUGGCACGAGGCCUUGCUCUGCAGGUUCGGGGUCGUGGACCACCCGCCGGAGCCCGCGACGCUCCAUCCGUUUCACGACCGGAUCCAGACGGACCGGGUCAGGUUUUCCUGGGCGAACACGAUCGAGCGAUGCGGUUCAGACCCAGAACCCUACGUCAAGGGCGCGAGGGGGCUCUACCUGGCGCAUCUGAACCUCUUCGGAGACCUGCCAUGGCGCGAUCUUCGGCGAAUGACGCGCUCGUGGCAGAGGAUCACGAGCGCGCGCGCGGGCGGGACCUGGCAUCACAUCGCGGAAUCACCGACGAAGUACGACUCCGCGUCGGAGCUCUGCAGGGAGCUGUGGCGGAGCGACCACGAUUGGUACGUCCGGUUCGUCUCCGAGGAGACCCGAGCCGCCCUGAGGGACGAGGAUUGUCCCUUUGGCAAGAGAGACGAUAUUUACGACUUGCCGGACGAGCAGCUCGUCGAAGUCGAAGUCGGAGACGGCGCGAACGCCGCCGGCGACGCCAAACGCGGGUCGCUGUACAACAGGUCGCUGCGGUCGGUCGCCGGACCAAAGACGAAGCAGGAUUGCGAAGACUUUUGCGCGAAAGCGAUUGAGGAUGGGCCGCCGGGGGACAAGCGCCCGUUGAAGGCCAUGCACCCGUCCGCGCAGCUCAUGUUCCGGCUGCAUGAUGGGCAGGCGCACGUCGAGCAUUUGUUCGAGGCGGAGAUGCACCUCAAGCAUCUCACCCCGUGGGUGUUGUACUACAAUGGGGACGACGUAGAUGAUGUCAUCUACGACAACGAGGAAAUGCAGGCGCUCUUCAACGGGCUGCUGGGCGGAUACCGCGUCUACGACGUGGAUGUCAACACCCGGUUGCUCUCGCUCGAUAUCUCGUACAGGUACAUGCAACUGCUUCGGAAGAUACGCGGGAUAUCCGGGGCGAAAGGCCUGGAUUUUCCCCUCACUUGCUCGACGGAUAUGCGUGAAGGCGUCUACGUCAACGCGAAAACUGGUAAGGUUUGGUCCUACGUCACGGAUCAGAGCGGCCAGAAGAGCGGGAUAUUCGCGCACCCUCCGGGAAUGGACGUCGUGGACUGGUUCGAGGAGUUCAGCAGGCGCGUCGGAUUCGGGAUAUACGCGGUGGAACGCGAGGAGGAUGCGAUGGAAGACGAGUCGGGAGACUGGCGACCCACGUACCUGUGCCAGUUCCCGACGCGAAGCCGAGUCGCGCCGAUCGAAGCCCCCAUCCCGACGGCUCGGGACGUCAACGAACGCCAGGAGGUGACGAUGUACGAGGAAACAUCUAAGAACGCUGUGCGCGUCGGGGUUUCGACGGUUUAUAUGCCCUUCUGCGACGCGUGGACGUACCGAGUGCGCAUGUCGCUCUUGUCCAUUGCCGAGCAGGAGUCUCGAUGGGCGGUGGAUAACCCGAGCGAGGAGUCCAGGCUCGCCAACCCGUUUCGACCUCUCAAGUCGGUGCAGCUCACCAGACGGCUGUGGAUCAUCACCGACGCGGGCGGACACGAGGAACGGGUGGAGGGCGAGGCCGUGAUUGGCGAGUACCCGAUUUUGACGCCGGGCGGGUGUCCGUUUUCCUAUCAGUCGCAGACCAACCUGCCGGGCGGCGGGCCGGGGACGAUGAGUGGGGGAUUUUACUUCGUCGAGGGGACGAUGGAGCGUCCGACGGGGUCGGAGUUUUUCGCAAAGUGCCCGCACUUCGUGCUGACCAGGCCGAGGUUCAUGUUCUAA